AGGCGGGGGGCGGGGAGGGACUGUCUUUGAGUCUGUCUUUCGGUCUUUCACUUUUUCAUCCUCUCUCCCGUCAGUUUCUAUUCUCCCAGUUGUUGAAGAAGAUCCGGAAAGGGUUGGGGGGAGGGCUCAAAGAAAGCAGCUGCGUGUCCUCUCCUCUCCCACCCCACCCGGGGGGGGGGCUCUGCACUAGUGCUUGGACCUCUUCCCCGAAACCUAGGGGGAAGGGCAGUUCGAGGGUUCGCACGGAUCUGAAUAUAGUUUACUCCUCCUGAAUUGAGCAGACGGAGCCGCCUGGUACCUCCCGCAGUCCUGGGGGUGGGAGCUGCCUUACUAAGACACUCCUCACCGGACAUAGACAUCCCCCUCCAUGGCAGGUUACAUGCCCCCCAAAGGCUAUGCCCCAUCACCCCCAUACCCAGUGACCCAGUCUGCCUCAUAUUCCAAUCCUGCACCUGAUCCAGGCCACAUUGUCAACCUCUUCCCUUCCCCUGGUCCUGUGGCCCCCCUGGAACCAGAACCAGUUACUGUUCCCUUCCUGCAAUUGCCUGGCGUCCCUUCCGGCCUGGAAUUCCUUGUACAGAUUGAUCAGAUCCUGAUUCAUCAGAAGAUUGAGCAAGUGAAAGCAUUUUUUGGCUGGGAUAUCUGUAACCGAUAUGAGCUACAUUCUGGAGUAGGGCUACCACUGGGCCAGGCAGUUGAGGAAAGCAGCUGCUGUGCCCGUCUCUGCUGUGGGGCUCGCCGGCCCGUGCGUAUCCGUGUGGCUGAUCCCAGGAACCGUGAGGUCCUGCACUUGAUCCGCCCUCUCCACUGUGGGUCCUGUUGCUGCCCCUGUUGCCUUCAGGAGCUGGAAGUUCAGGCUCCCCCUGGCACAACUGUUGGGCAUGUACUGCAGACCUGGCAUCCCUUCCUGCCCAAGUUCUCAAUUCAGGAUGCAGAUCGCCAGACACUGCUUCGAGUUGUGGGGCCAUGCUGUGCCUGUGGUUGUGGCAGUGACACCAACUUUGAGGUGAAGACUAAGGAUGAAUCACGGAGUGUGGGUCGGAUCAGUAAACAGUGGGGAGGCAUUGUGCCAGAGGCCCUCACUGAUGCAGACCAGUUUGGCCUCCAGUUCCCCCUGGACCUUGAUGUUCGAUUGAAGGCUGUGCUGCUGGGGGCAGCCUUUCUCAUUGAUUACGUGUUUUUUGAGAAGUCAGGAGAUGCCAAUCCGGGGCCCUCAGUCGUCACCAGUUAGAGGCUGUCCAUGUAACCAAAGAUAGGUAUCCUGGCCACAGAGUUCCAAGACAUCUACCACCACCCUGGCCUGGCCCCAGGAUCAAAGAUGGCCACUGCUGCCCUCCAAGAUGAUGGUGCCUUGAGGAGACAGAUCUAGGAGUGGAGGCUAGGGCGUGGGUACCCCAAAGAAACUUUGAAAGCUUUCAUUCUGAAGACUAAGGCUCUAUUCCCUACAAGGAGUAAAUGUGAGAACAAAUGCUGCAUGUGUUGAAUGCUAAGGGUUUUUGUUUUAGGCCCCUUCCUCUUUUGGAUCCUUCAACUCAACUCCAAACUCCCAGUGAUGGCCAUCGCUACUUCUCAUUGAUAUCUUGCUCCAUAAAGAUUAUACCAUACCAUUCUCGCUCCUCUUUCCCUGGUAUCCCUUGCUAUUCUUCUCUGUCCCCUAUUCUCCUAUAUUUAUCCCCAGGCACUAGCCAUCUUCCCCUUCCCCUUAUUUACAUUUUUUUACCCCCUCUGCUCCUGAUCUGACUCCAUCCUACUUCCCAGCAUCAUAAUAUCAAAAGGAAAAAUAGAAGUAGUAGCUGGGAGAUUUUAUUAUAUCAGGAUCGCCCCUCCCCCCCCCAAAUGCUAGAAUCAUAGACCUUUUUAACUCUUCCUUUUACAGAUGAGGAAGCUGAGGUCAAGUAAAAGUAAAUUGACCAAAGUCACACAGUGAAUUGGUACUGGGGGCAGGGCUCAAUCCCAAGUCUUCUGGCUCUUAGGCCAGUGAUUUUUCCCCCUCAUUUUGCAACAUACAUUUUCUUCCUUGGUCAACAUAAACCCAAUCUCCCUGGAACCCUUCUUGGACCCAUGGCACUUUGAGAGGAGGCCAGAUAAUCCUCCUUACAUACCCCCUUUUGGGCUGAGGCCCCAGUACCCAACUAUCAAGUCCCCAAACACCAUUUCUCCAGCACUGUCCCAAGCUGGUGCUUAUUGCAGCUUUUCUUAUGCCUUAUUUAACAUUUUUCCUCCUCCCUCUGCCUAGGCAUCAGGGAAGAUAAUGUAUCUUUGUAUGGUGUGUAUAUAUAUAUUCUAUGUACAUACACACAAAAUAUA